GCGAAACUAGUACGAGGGUAAAUUUUACGAGUGUUACACGCCAAGUAUUACUAUAACUGCCGCUACAUACGAAACCGAACAGGGUUAUUUAAUUUCCAAAGAGAGAAGUGUUUGGGGAUAACCCACGAUGAUCUAAUGUCUGGUGAAUGUUGACCCGACCCACACUCUAACAGUGGGCGUGCUAUUCGAAGCGUGACACAGGACGAUGGCUGGCGAGCACCUGUAGUAGACGAGUCAUGGCGAACAGGGAGUGAUCGUAGACAUGUCAAGGUUGCUUCCUGCCCUGAUUGUGACCUUUACCUUGGUCUUCUUGACCUUGGUAAGGUCACAGACGUGCCCAACAAAUUGCAAGUGUGACCAGACAGUAGAUGGGUGGAGGGCUGUUUGCCGCGGUGGAAUGCUGCGGACCAUUAUGAGAAGUCUAAGUGCAGACUUUGUUUCCCUCUCUGUGUCAUCCAGUAACAUCCGCACACUGCAAGCAUCUGACCUUCAAACCGAUGUGGAGAUUCCACUGACCAAUUUUUCCAUCACCAACUGCAGGUUGCAAAACAUCCAAGAUGGUAGUUUUCAGAACCUCACAGAUCUGGUGACAUUGGAUAUUAGUUCUAAUUACAUUGCCACAAUCAGGGAAGGUGCUUUCAAUGGUCUCACCAACCUUCAAGUUCUCAACCUCUCACAGAACAACAUUGCAAAUGUAGCAAGUGCUCUACAGUCAUUACACAACUUACAUACACUAGACUUGAGCUACAAUGCUAUAAGUGACCUUCACACUGGUGCCUUCCGUUCCCAGGAGCAACUUGUCUACCUGAGACUUGACGGCAACAGGCUUCAGAACCUUCAUGGCUACGUGUUUCAAGGACUUCAGAACCUUCAGCAUCUGAGCCUGCGUCACUGUUUGUUGAUCUCCAUCGCUAGUGAUAUGUUCAGCAUCGUGAGGAGCAUACGCAUCCUGAAUCUUGGUCAAAACCAGAUCAAGGAACUCCCUGCAUCGGAGGAGUUCCGCAACCUGCCCUCCCUGCAGCAUCUGUACCUGGACAGCAACCAGAUCACCACCCUCACCGACUCCCAGUUCUCAGGAAUAACACUGGACACCCUGCAGCUGUCUCGCAACCAGAUCACCAAGAUCACCUUGGAGACAUUUAAAUACUUCAAUGCGCGUGUCAUAGACCUCUCCUAUAACAUGCUUGUUGAGAUUCAGAACAACUUCUUACGACCAACUGCUCCACAGUUGGAAGUGUUAAAUAUGGCGGGAAAUCCCCUCCGAACUGUUCCCAAAUUUUCCUUUCAUGGAUUGUACAGGCUGAAGACUCUUAAUCUGUCAAACUGUCAGUUGGAGAGGAUUGAGAAGAAUCAGUUUGACAAUUUACAAAAUCUUAAAGAGCUAGACAUAUCCCUGAAUAAACUGCAGAAUGUGCCACGAGCUGUGUUUGCUUCAUUUAAAAAGGAUGUGUUAUUACAUUUGCAUAAAAACUCUUGGCAUUGUGAUUGUUAUGUGAAGCCGUUGAAACUGUGGCUUGAGGGUCACGGCUCUGACCUCAGGACUUGCCAUCGAGACACACUGUACCAGGACCAGUGUAUGAUGGAGAAGUGCCACUCACCAUCCUCACUAGAAAAUAUUCAAAUAAAAAUGUUAGAAGAUGCUGAUCUUAAUGUGUGCAGCACGGAUUCUCCAUCAGAUCCGCUGCCCACAAAUACUCAACUGGCAAUUGUCCUGCCGUGUAUAAUAAUUGCAAUAUUUUUUAUAAUCUUGGCUUUAGUUUUAUGGCAAAGAGGAAAAACAAGAGAUGAGCUGAGGCGACAGUGUGUCAAGUCGCCAUCCGAGCCAGUCAGUAGCCAUCUUGAUUUUCUGGAACAAAAAGAACAUCCAUUCGACAGAGUUUCAUUAAAUGAAUCGGAUCAUAAUUUUGUGUUUAGGAAGUACUUUCAGACUAUGCCUUCCAAUCCAGACAUUUUCAUUGAAUCCACAUCAUUAAGUCACAACCCUUCAGUAGGUGGUGCUGAUAGUGUUUAUUCAUCGAUGCCAUCAAUCAGUAGUGGCUCUAGUAAUAACAUCGGCAUGGAAUCAACUGUCUAGCGGAAGGAAUAAUAGGUUAUUAAGAUGUUCUGGUUCCAGUUACAUAGAUGGAAUUAUAUCUUUUUUUAAUUGUUUGGUUUACAUUUCUUCCAACCUCAAGUUUCACAAGUGAGAAAAAAACCUCAGAUGUUUGGAUUUUUAUUAUUUUUAUAAAUUCAAUGUAAAUCAGUAUGUAGGUUAAAAGUAUUUGAGUAUGGGAAGGGAAGCUGCCUGCUUACUUGGCAUGAAACAGAGAAAGUCUGGUAAUUAGAACCAAAACAUUUUCAUUUCAUAAGUAUUGUAACCAUGGUAACCUAGAUAAAUAGACACUGUAUCAUGCAUGCUUGACUCAUGCCACUGGCCAUUGUGUGUAUAUCCCUACCAUGUGUAUGUCAUGUGACUCAUUGGACUGAAAACACAAACUCGACAUCAACCUGUCAUUAUAGCCAAGAAGAUAUUUUAUGCACCUCCAUUUUAACUCUUGUUUUAUAUGGAAAUUUGUAACUUGCAAAGGAUGACUGCCCUCAUCCUGUUGUUCCCAGCAGUGCCAUCUGUAGAUUAUGUGCACGGCCAUCAUAUUGUAGGAGGGGAGCUCCCAUGUUACUUGUAUGCUCAUAUUGUUAUAUUGUUUUGCCCAUGUUGUUAUCAUUUUAGAGAUUGGUCCAUGCAUGUUUGUCUCAGAUCAGUUAGUGAGUUUGCAUCCUGGUGAUGGUAGAGCAGUAUGGUUCUGUAACACUUUACUGACAUGGCUGGCUGGAGAAGUAGUUCAAUACAUGUCUCUCAGUGCAGGUUUAUUUGUGUGGGUGCAACCCAAAUAUUGUCUGUUGGAGGAGACAUAUUUCAAAACAUGUUGGUGGGUGUAUGUCUGUGAAUGUACGCCUAGUCUAUAUGUGGAUGUAUGUGGGUGGAUGUUCGGGUAAGUUCUGCACACCGAGGGCUGAUUUGGACAUAAACUGCUGUGCUUCCAUGGACAAGUGAAACUCACCAUUUAAAGCAUGUGAAUAGUUAUGUCCACCUGUAGUGUGUGCUCUCAGCCACACAGGUAUGUCCACCUGUAGUGUGUGCCCUCAGCCACAUAGGUAUGUCCACCUGUAGUGUGUCCUCAGCAACAUAGGUAUGUCCACCUGUAGUGUGUGCCCUCAGCCACACAGGUAUGUCCACCUGUAGUGUGUGCCUCAGUCACACAGGUAUGUCCACCUGUAGUGUGUGCCUCAGUCACACAGGUAUGUCCACCUGUAGUGUGUGCCCUCAGCCAUACAGGUAUGUCCACCUGUAGUGUGUGCCUCAGUCACACAGGUAUGUCCACCUGUAGUGUGUGCCCUCAGUCACACAGGUAUGUCCACCUGUAGUGUGUGCCUCAGUCACACAGGUAUGUCCACCUGUAGUGUGUGCCCUCAGCCAUACAGGUAUGUCCACCUGUAGUGUGUGCCCUCAGUCACACAGGUAUGUCCACCUGCAGUGUGUGCCUCAGUCACACAGGUAUGUCCACCUAUAGUGUGUGCCUCAGUCACACAGGUAUGUCCACCUGUAGUGUGUGCCUCAGCCACACAGGUAUGUCCACCUGUAGCGUGUGCCCUCAGUCACACAGGUAUGUCCACCUGUAGUGUGUGCCUCAGUCACACAGGUAUGUCCACCUGUAGUGUGUGCCCUCAGCCACACAGGUAUGUCCACCUUCAGUGUGUGCCCUCAGCCACACAGGUAUGUCAACCUGUAGUGUGUGCCUCAGUCACACAGGUAUGUCCACCUGUAGUGUGUGCCCUCAGUCACACAGGUAUGUCCACCUGUAGUGUGUGCCUCAGUCACACAGGUAUGUCCACCUGUAGUGUGUGCCCUCAGUCACACAGGUAUGUCCACCUGUAGUGUGUGCCUCAGUCACACAGGUAUGUCCACCUGUAGUGUGUGCC